AUCGAGCACAACAAUAACAAACACCGAUUUUUACUCGAAAUACUCUAAAAAAAACCAUUAAUUUACAUCAUUUUUCACCGCGAAUCGGCUACGAAAUAACCCAUCGAGAUGUCUUAUAUGCUAGCGCACUUGCACAACGGCUGGCAGGUCGACCAAGCCAUACUUUCCGAAGAAGACAGAGUGGUCGUGAUCCGUUUCGGCCACGAUUGGGAUCCCUCCUGCAUGAAAAUGGACGAAGUCCUCUACAGCAUCGCUGAGAAAGUGAAAAACUUCGCCGUCAUUUAUUUAGUCGAUAUAACGGAAGUGCCGGAUUUCAAUAAAAUGUACGAACUGUACGAUCCCUGUACGGUGAUGUUCUUUUUUAGAAAUAAACACAUCAUGAUAGAUUUGGGCACCGGCAACAACAACAAAAUCAAUUGGCCGUUGGAGGACAAGCAGGAGAUGAUCGAUAUUGUCGAAACGGUGUAUCGAGGAGCUCGGAAAGGUAGAGGUUUAGUCGUAUCGCCUAAAGACUACUCGACUAAAUAUAGAUACUAAGUUUUAUGUGAUUU